GCUGAGGCUCAGAGCGCAGUAACGGAGCAGCGCCGGAGAGACUGCAACACAGAGCUCUCUCUCUGUCUCUCUCUCUGUCUCUCUCUCUCUCCCCCCAUCACACCGCCACGCCAGCACAACACCUCCUUCCCCGGGUGUGGAUCUAUCCUAGGGAUCACGGUGUGCCCGUGACUGCGAGGCGGUGUCCUCCAGCAGCGGCGACAUGAGCGCGUUCCGGCUCCUGCUGCGGAGUUUCCACUGUGUGGGACUCUACAUCCAACUUAGUGGCCCUUUCUCCUCAUCCGCCCAGGUGGAGAACCGCAUCUCCAGCAACGCUCUCUUCACAGAGGUCCCUCAUGACAUGACGGCGCACAGUGGGCAGGACGUGGAGAUGGCCUGUUCGUUUCGGGGAUCAGGCUCGACUUCUUAUUCUCUGGAGAUCCAGUGGUGGUACAUCAGGAACCACAAAGAGUGGACAGACAAGGAGACAUGGACUACCAACCAGGUGGCGCCUCAAGAGGAGAUGUCAAAGGAUGCUACGAAAAUCAGCGUGGUGAAAGUGGCCGGCAGCAACAUCUCCCACAAGCUGCGCUUAUCCAGCGUGAAGCCAUCUGACGAGGGCACGUAUGAAUGCCGUGUCAUCGACUUCAGCGACACUCGGCCUCGACACCACCGUGUGCGCGCCUACCUGCAGGUGGAACGAGACGGAAGCGACGCCGCAAAUCCACACCACCAAGGGGCAGCGGAGUCUCAAAAACACCAACCAACAGCCCACCACGGGCACCACAAAGCGGGCAGGGAGCUCAGGAAGAGGGCUGCCGACGACACCAACACUGACUGCACAGAGAGCUGUGCACUUUAGGGCCCGUAUAUACACACACACACACACACACACACACACACUAUGGUCCAACACCCUAAUCUGUUUUCCUAUAGCUUUCCUCCCCAGAUCUUACUACACCAUGUAUAUUAUUGUAUAAAGCAAAAGUAAAUGUUCUCUCAGAUGAGCCGGUGCAUGUCGCGAAAUGUUUCUUACAACGUCCGCUGUUAUCGCUUUGAAACUUGAAGGACAGAAACAGACAGAUCAGAGUGUGGAUCUUUCGCUAUUUCAUUCUGCUUCACCGUUUUUGCUUUAAUACAUUCAUUCACAGGACAGCUGGGAGAAAGAGUGCUGGGUCGAGAUAAUGACAGUCUUCUAAAAUGUCUACAAGAGGUUUUUCAAAAUUGUCACUUUUGAUCUGUACACUUCUUAGCAGGUGAAGAUAUCUUGAAUAUGGGUGAAUUUAUCAAAUAUUUCUUAUUAUGAGAUUAUUAUUAAUCAAAUAUAAGAUUGUUCAGCUUGUUUGUUUAGAUGAAUUUCAAGCUUUACAUUUUUUUCUUCUACUGGCAGAUCAUUACCUCCUUCUAGAAAUAAAUGCGUAAAAUUAGCCAAUAGAUCAAAACGAUUUCAAGAUAUCUUGAAAUCUGUAGAAUAUGUCUAGAAAUAGGUUUAAUAAUCAUAGAUCUGGUUAUAUUGUAAUCUUUUCAUGGGAAAUACUGGAUAAAUUUGAUUAUAUUCGAGAUAUUUUCACUUGCUAAGAUGUCAGGGAUAAAGGAGAGUCAGGAGGGUCAUUAAAAAAAAAAAAAGACUGGGUGAUCAGGAGCCUGUAUUACCCCACUGUGUAUCUGUCUAGUGCUCCAAAUAGUCCUCUCUGUAUUUGGAUUUAAACUUGAAGUGGGUGUGGCUUGAAGUCAAAAAUAGAAAUAUCAGCAUGGUGUGUGAAAUCUGGCUCUGACAGUUCCUCAACCUCAGCUACAUCACUCCAGUUCAUAAGUGAUCUAUACGCUGGAGGGCUUUAUUUUAUUUAUCAGGCAGUUAUUUGCGUGCCAUAUUUUCUAGCAAAUUUAGUUGGUUCCCAAAAUACAAACAAGCUAGUACCCUUUUUAAAUCACUGCAAUCCUGACCAGGCUGUCGCACGUUCAUGUUAAUGUUAUUGAAUGUGCUUUACAUAUGUUUGAGUUUCAUUUUCUGACUGCUGACGUUUUCUAUGGGAUCCCUGUCCUGACGCACUUCUAGUCUCAACCAGAUGGCAGAAAAAAACGAAUAGAGCGCCUCUUAUUCAUAUCUGUAUUCAUAUUCGUUUAGAACACAUAAUCUGUUCAGUCCAAAUAAUAAAAUUGCAACACUUGGGGAUGUGCUGUUUUAGGAAAAUAAUCCACAAUGAUGCUGUGGUGUGACGCAGAACAGAGUUACGGCUGAGGAAUGAAUGAAUGAAUGAAUGAAUGAAUGAAUGAAAUGGGAUGCUGGGAAUCUUUCUCAAUCUUUGAAAAAAAAUAAGGCUUUUAGUCAGUAACUUUUUGUGUACCAACAAAGUGCACCAGCGUAGACAGUGUACCUAAUAAAAUGGCAGUGAGUGUUUCUACAUGGUACGUGUUUCUAAUAUCUAACCUGGCAAAUGAGUUUAUACAGUAUACAGCUCUUAUAAUCCCACUAACACUGCUGAUAGUUUAACUGUAAAAUGACUCAUUACUGCACUGAAUACUCUUUAUUUUACUUUAUUUUAUUUCUGUCAUUGUUUAUUCUGUUGACUGGGGAUGUACUUUAACACUUUUCCACACUGAUUAAUUGAAAAUUGGAGAAGGAGUGCACUUUGCAAAUGCUUGAGCUGAAAAAAAAAACAAAACAACA